AUGACCCGUACUAAGCAGGCUGCGGUGCGACCCCGUUGGGGAGGAGGUAAGGCUACCUCGGCGACGGAAACGAGACCUACCGGGGGAAUGUCACGUCGAGCUACGGGCUAUGCCGCUACUGAUGAUGAUUACAAUGACGAUGAUCUUCCGGAAAGUUACGACAACUCCCAGGAUAGCGUAGACGAGGUGGAAGGCGCAAGGAUCGCGGCACUUAAUGCACUGCAAGCUGCAAUGUCACGUGUAGAAAAGAAUGACAACUUCGCGAAAACGUUUGAACUGAAAGUUCGCACAGAAGAAAAGAGGCUACUGGAUAUGUUGGAUGAGGAACAAGCCAAAAUGCAAUCGGAAGAGGAGCAGUUCCAGGCCCAAUUUGAAACCCUUCUGAAGUCUGCUCUGGCACCGCUUUCCGGUCCAGCCAAGGAUGUUGCGCAUAUUGACGAGGGCGAAGAGGACCCUGAGGCGCAGGGAGCAACCUCUUUUGCGAGCCACCCCCUCUAUGUCGCGUCUAAAACCCUGCUUGAACGUUCGCACGCCGUCCUUGACUCGUACGAGAGGGUCAAUGACUAUAUCAGAGAUAUUGACCAGCUUCCAAAUUUGGCAGAAGAAUGGGAGAAGGACUACGUGGAAGCGCGACGACUUAUUAUAGCCGGCCGUGAAGCCUCCGCGUUAGAGAUUGAAAAAAUGAUCACGUAUGACAAGGCUCGGGUAAACGGUGUCAAUAGACUAGGAGGCAAAGCUUUGAAGAGAAAGAGGGAUUCUGAGAUGGAUGAGAAUCUGAAAGCCAUGUUUGAAAUAGGUAAGGCGGACGAUGAGGAAGAGGAGGAGGAGGAUGGAAGUGAAAUGGGGAAAGGACGAGAGGAGAUACAUGGAUGGGGAAUUACGGCGCAUAGGCUUCGGAAAGGGCUGAGAGCGCUAAUCAGCGCGUUCCCAGAGAGUGGUAAAAAAAGCUAA